AUGGCGAUGAGGGCGAAGGAGGACAAGGAUGGUGCAAAGGAUGACUCAUCCUCCAAGGAGGAUGAGGAGGAGGCGGCUGGCUCCAAGGACUCCUCCUCCACCGAGGAGGAGGAGGAGAAGGAAAAGAAGGAGGACAUGAUCAACCUCGAGGGCUCGACUAGCGAGGAGACAGCCAACACCGAGGCCACUGACGACGAUGAUGAGGAGGAGGCCACCAUCGCCAGCAAGGAUGAUGACGAUGACAACAUUAACUGGGACGAGCUCGAGAAGACGAGCUUUGAGGAGGAGGCCUUUAUUGCCUCUGGAGGUCUUGAUGACCCUAUCAUCAUUGAGAAAAAUGAUGGUGCCGAGGAGGAGGAAGAAGAGGAGGAGAAGGCCAUCGUUGUCGUCGCUAGAAGUCCCAUCAACAACGACGACGAUGAUAGUAUUGACUUCGAAGAGCUUGAUAAGUCAUCACCGUCGUUAGAUGAUGAUGGCCCGCCAUGGAAGAAGCGUAAGGUAGCAUAG